AUGUUAGCAUUAUCAAUUAUAAUAUUACUGUUGACAUAUGUUGGGUUGAGGUUCUGGAUUGCUUCCAAAUACAAUAAAAAAUACAAUAUGCUCAUUUUAUUUGGAUCAGGUGGACAUACUUAUGAAAUGUUGAUGGCCUUAAGGAAUUAUGAUUUCCAAUAAAAGUGUUAGAAUUUAUAUUUUAUGCAUUCCUUUGCUGAUACUUAGGAACCAUUAAGAGUAGCUAAAUUUAUUGAGGACAACAAAAUUGCUUUGCCAAAAGUGGAAUGGAUUACGAUUCACAGAAGUCGAAAAGUCAAAUAAUCAUAUUUAUCUUCGAUAAUCACAACAAUCAAGGCAACACUGCAUACCUUUUUGAUAUUAUUGAAAUUCAGAGAUCUGGAUAUCUUUAUUACUAAUGGUCCAGGGACAUGUAUUCCAGUUGUGAUUGUUUUGAUUGCACAAUAUUUAUUAUUCAUUCGAAAAAGAUGCAAGAUUUUGUUUAUAGAGAGUUGGUGCAGAGUGGAAAAUUUAUCUUUAAGUGGAAAACUAUUAUAUUGGGUUAGUGAUAAGUUUGUGGUGAAUUGGGAAUCUUUGAGUAAGAAAUACAAAAGAGCUACUUUUGUUGGUAAUUUAAUUUGA